AUGCCCCAUCCCGCACAGUUGGUUAAGAGUUACGCGAGUGUUGCGAUGAUACUUCCUAUGUUGCUACUUGUUGUGUGCCGCUGUGAGGCAAAUAAACUAUGGGAAUUGGCUCUGGAGGACGAGAAGGAGGGUAAAGUGGUGCAGGUUCACGUGGUUCACGGGUCGGGGCACGCGUGGCCCCCCGCCUGCUACCCCGGAGACCCCCACGCACGCGCCGCCGUCUGGAAGCACGGCCCAGGGGUACUCACGCAACAUGGCCGGCAGCAGGGCUUCCACUUCGGAGAGAACCUCCGCUCAAGAUACUUAAACUUCCUUCCCAAAGAACGCACAUACAAAUACGUCAACGCUUUAACAGCGAAGACAACAAGGUCUCGAAUGACAAGUUCGAUGGUGCUAGCUGGUCUUCUACCACCUAAAGAUGACGACGUGUGGACAAUAACCUGGCCACCAGCAGUCGUCAACGUUGACGAUAUUCUUGCAAACCAACACUGCGAUCGACUCGAGCGCUUAAAGAAGAAUGUGGUUUACGAUACGAAAUCUGAAGAACUGUACCUUAAAGUAAGCUCAAACACUAAGAAGUCGGUGAAGACACCAUUGGAAAUGCUGGACAUGUAUAUGUGCUUGGACAUACAGAACCAAGCUGGUUUGCCUAUACCAGCUUGGGCGCGUGCAUUGUACUCUGAUAUGAGGAGAGAGGCAGCGAAGGGUUAUCAGUUCGACAGCGAAAUAUCGCGACUGGAAGUUGGUCGUAUACUGGACACCAUCACCAAGUUUAAUGAGUCAGAGAAAGGAAACAAUCGUAUAAACCUAUAUAGUGUUGACAACACUAUUAUUGGUGAAAUUUUGGCAGCGUUGAGAUUCAACCAAGCGGAGCCACCGAAUUCUCUAACAGCAUUGGUAGUGGAGAUCAGAGAGCAACAUAAGCGUUACCACGCACAGCUGUGGUACAGGGUUGGGCCAUUUGAUGACUUAGUCCGAUUAUCCUGGCCUGGCUGCAGCACCAGAUGCUCUCUAACAAAAUUAAGAACCCUCCUAGACCCACUCAUACCAAAAGACUGGUCGACAGAAUGCAAGCAGAUACGAACUGCGAGCAGCACGGCAGACAUCGUGAUAAUAUCUUUAGUGUUAUUAGCCUUUGUACUGGUGUACAUAGCAACGGCCAGCGGUAAUAGAAUUUACCAUUACGUCACAGAAUUUAUCGCUCGUAGAAAACGUUCAGUUAAAACAGAGGCUUGA